AUGGGAAUGCUUCUAUUACGUAGCUUGCCAACUAUUGAUCGAGAUGGUAGUGAUUUACGUCGUGUUACAUUACUUGUAUUUAUCGGUGGAUUAGGACGUUUGUAUGGUCUUAUAACAGUAGACUUUAAUUUUGGUGCAAUGAUUGCUACACUAGGCGAACUAUUCGCACUUCCCUUAUUAUUCAAACAAUUUGAUAAUGGUAAUGGUCGUUUAUCGUUAGCUGAAAUUGAUCGAGCUAUUAUUCAUUUUUAUCCACAAUUUGGUACUAAUAAAAAAGCAAUUGUACGAGCAUAUAAAGCAGCUGAUACUAGUGGUAAUGGUUUUGUUGAAUUAAGAGAAUUUGAAAAAAUUGUUCAAUUACUCAAACAAUAUGAUGAAAUAAGCAAAAUAUUUGAAGAAUUAGAUAUAAAUGAUGAUCAUCGUAUUGGUUUUAAUGAAUUUAAAAAAGGUUUUCAAUUAUUAGGUGAAGAUGAUUCAGAUGAAGAUAGUUUAAAACAAGAAUUUGAUGCUAUUGAUUCAAAUGAUGGUGGUUAUAUUCUAUUUGAUGAAGUAAGAAAUUUAAAAAAGAAACAAUUAAAUGUUAAUUAA